AUGAAUUGGACAGGUGGUUCACUGCAGCGCACUAAGAAAGCCAACUCGGGCAUGCUGCAACGGCAGAGAGCGUAUUUUGCCAAGGUACGAACAAACCUUCAGAAUGUACCUCAAACGCCUACUGCUCCCCUUUGCCCGAGUUAUCUUCGUGACGAUAGCAAAUCGGAGUCUCUAGCAGUUCCUUCAUUUGAGUUGAUCUCGGACCGACGUAGGGGGUGCUCUGUGAGAGGUCGAGGGGAGCCAACACAGAGUGAGGAUAUACCUGUACCAGACGACAAGUGGUGCACGAUCAGCAGGCAUCAAGUAUCUCCACAUGCAUCACCCAGCAGACGUGUCGCUCACCAUGACGUCCAAUCAGAGAACUCACCCCAAGCUCAAGAAGACUUGGGUAGCUCGAAACGAAAGGCCCCAAACAAGAAUGUGGAGAUGCAACUGCUCGAGGCGAAUAAGAAACGGCUCUUAACGCAGGCAGAUUGGAUCGGCAUCAACGCUUCAAAGCCAGUGCAACUGCAAUUUGUGUCGUGUAAGCAGAAAGAGAAGAUUGGUAAGCGCAGAAGAACGACUGGAAAAUGCCGCGCGCAGAAAAGGCAGUGUGUUGAGGGAGAAUUAAAACCAAGAAAGCCUCAACUUCAGCACCAGACCUUUGCUAAAUUCUUGGGAAGUUGUGCUAACCGUGACGGAUCCAAGAACAUACAGAUUCGCAUAGGCACAGAGGCAUUGACAGAUGGGCAGUCUGUUCGGCUCGAAGAGUAUGCGCAGUCGGAAGCUUUUUCAAGCCUGAUGCUUUUUGAGCAAGACGAUUUAGUUUCUCGCGCCUCAGCGACAUGUGAAGAUGCUCGGCACCAUAGCGAUGCUUCAAGGUGUGCGGAGUCUGUUGCAAGUAGAGGCGACUGCGACAAGUUGCACAAGCAGCAGCUGACAACAGCAAAUGUGGACGAAUACAAUAGGUCGACAUGCAGCUUUGGGCCCGUUGACCGUGGUCACAAUGACGAGCGCAAUCUGCGUUUUGUGUUUAGGGGCCGGGCCUCUCCCAUGGAUCUACGUACUCACCGCGUAACGGGCAGGCAAAAGAUGGAUGAAACACAGCUACUCAAAGAACGAGCAUCGGUAUCCACAUGCCAGACCAAACAUGUGCAUCGGAUCACCAAUGACAGCGAGGACCCAAGUGUAUACGCAAUCGUCGAUCAAGAACCCUGGAUGGCGUAUCUCGUAAUUUCCGACGUUUCUUCACGGGCAAACGAUACGGAAAUUUGUACCAAAGACGAAUUGCAGCUUGAUGAGAGCAUUACGGGAAAUGAGAGUGCGUGUGAUACAAGAUGGUCAAAGGGCGCCACUCGGGGCCUGGAGGAAGAGGAUGGUGAAAGUUUUGGGGCAGCAUCAAAAUGCGAGUCUUUGGCUUCGUUGAGGCGGGGUAUAGGCAGAGCGGCAGCAGGGUAUGUGCCGGAGAUGAAAGGCAUUCGCGCAGACCAACCAAAUUGGAGCUAUCUACAAACUUUGGACGAAGAUGAGAAGGAGUGGCAGGCGUUUGUCUUUGGUAGCGAUCAGAGUCCAUCCUUGCCAAGGGCGCAGCUGGACGCACGCCGACGUUUUGCGCAGACAGUAGUAGAGUAUGCGCAAGAGGCAUGUUCACAGCAGCUGCCGCUAUCCGUUGCAGCGAGUUGCGCAAGCACCCUGCCCGGAAUGAAGCCGAAAUUCCGUAGAUUUGGUUCUUCCAUACGCGACAGGGGACAGGGUGCAGCAGAUUGAAUGCUACGGGUGCGGUCAUGCAAGAGGU